UACAUUUGUCUUCUUGGGUGUAUAAUUUCUCCACCCAGAAACAAGAAACUAUCUCUCUCUCUCUCUCUCUAUCGAGUGGAGUGAGAAAAAAAAGGGGUUUUGUUCACAAGCGGCGCCUCUCAACCUUCAUUUCCUCUUUCCCGAUCCAAACUAAACAGAACGCAUCGCAUUUCUUUUACCGCUUAUCGAUGGAUUCUUUCCAACAACCUCACGGUUACAUAAGACCACCGCCACCACCUCCUCCGCCACACACGCCGGAUCCCCACCAACACCAUCAAUUUCACCAGAUGCCUCCUCCUCCCCCUCCUCAAGGACCUUGGUUCACCCCUCAAUUCCAGUAUCAGUCUCCUCCCCCUCCCCAACAGUGGCCACCACCACCGGCGCCUCCUCCUCCGUCAAACCCUUAUUCAUAUCAUCCCAAUCAGUUCCCUCCGCCUCCUCCCCCUCCUCCUCAUGCUCGUCCGCCUCAUCCUCCACCUCCUCAGUUCCAGCCUCUCUCUCACAUUCCUCAGCCUUAUCCUCCUCAGGAAUGGAACAAUAACCAAGCCUGGCCUCACAACCAAGCUUAUCCAGCCCAGACGAAUGAAGAAGAUUGGGCUGCGAAGGCCAGAGCGUGGGCCGAUGCUAAGACUGCAAUGGAAAAUCAGCAUCCACAACCACAAUAUUCACCUGCUGGAAGAUUGCAAGAGCAAACCCAUUAUCAUGAUCCGUAUCAGCAAUCUGUAGACUCACGUUAUAAUGAUGUUCAAAACCAUUCUCAUCCAUCAUCAGGCUAUCAACAAUUUUCCUUCACAGAUGCAUCUAUGCAGCGAAUUUCAGGUCAUUCCCAGGAGGCUGCAUCUGUCAGUUCGGAGCCAACUUAUUCUUCAGAUGGACAUCAAUACAGUGCUAGAGAUGGGGCCAGUAUCAGAGAUGCAACUGUUUCGUUUGAACAAGCUAGCCUGCCUACAAAUCCAUCAGUUCAUCCGCAGGAGGUACCUUCUAGUUAUAGUUCUGUUGCAGGUAGAGAGGCUGCUGAUCAGGUUCAACAAUCAUAUGCAAUGUUGCCUUUGUCAAGUUCCUCAUCCCAAGAACAAUACCAUGUGCAACCAUCAAUGCAUCCACCACCCUUUGCAUCUCACAGCCAUUCUGUUGACUCAUCUAUCAAUCUUGCCGAUCAACCUUUAGAUUUUACACCUAGGUUUAGUCGUGAUAGUGACCUGCAAAUGCAAUCAGCUUAUAAUCAUCAUAAUUCUGGUUCUUCAAUGAGUAACUGGGGUGCUCCAGUGGCACAUGGUACCGGUUAUCCACCGAUACCUCCAGUUCCCUCAGGGCCACAGCACAAUCCUUCUAUCACUGCUCCUGGUCAUGUGGCAGCACCAUAUGGAAGGUUUCCGGGACCUGGUCUCCCUCCAACAAUUCCACCAAAUGGUGCAUCCUUUUCCCUAAGCACAGCAUCUACAAUUCAUCCUACUGCAGCUUUCUCUGCUGAUGCAUAUGGUGUUUCUGGUGUUCCUGAACGUCCUAAGAAGGCAUCGGUCCCUAACUGGCUUAGAGAGGAAAUAAAGAAAACAGUCAUUGCUGCUCCUUCUGUAGAUCAUCCGAAAGUGGAAGAAACACUUGUGGAUGAUGACAUUGAUAAGUCCUAUGCAAAGGGUGGUGAUGAGACAGAUAAUAAAAGUAUUGAUUCGUCUAGAUCAGCUGAGGAGGAAGAGGAUGAAGAGGUUGAAGUAGCUAGAACUGCAGCAAUCAACCAAGAAAUAAAAAAAAUUCUUACUGAAGUUCUUUUGAAGGUUACUGAUGAAUUGUUUGAUGAAAUUGCGACCAAAGUUCUUAGUGAAGAUGAUCUGACUGCUGAAGUGGAUCAUAAUGUUGCCACUUCAAACCAUUUAGUAUCAACCUCUCCACUCGCUGCUCUGGUUCCUAAAGCAACUGCUAAGGUUUUAGUUCCAGUUAAAGCAAAGGAAAUAGAGAAAGAUGGUGCCAAUGAAAAAUCUAAUUCCAGCUCCCCUGGAGAUGUUUUAGGUCUUGGAAAUUAUGGUUCUGAUGGUGAUGAUGAAAUUGAGAGUUCCACUGUGCAUGCUCCUGCCAAAGAUGCUGCGUAUAUGGUGAAUAAUCCAGUCAAAACCAACUCGUUGUCAUCCAGAAAUAGCAAUGGUGCUGCUAUUGAUCCAUUACUUGAUGGAAAGAUGACCAAAGAAUUUGAUCAUUCACAUUCUUCCAAGGUGGUUUCUAAAGACGCUAGAGAUAAUGGGCUUGAUGCAAGUGAAAGAAGCAACGAUAGAUUUAAUGGUUUUAGCUCGAGAGAGACGUCAAGGGUGCCAACAUCUGAAUUGCCUGGAAAGAAUGGUGUAGAGAAAGCAACAGAUGAUCUAGAUAAGGAAAGCAGAAGAAAAUCAGAAAAAAAUGAUCGCCAUGACAGGAGUUCUUCUGAGAAGGAUUUUAAGGAGGUAAAAAGUAGUCAUAAGACCAGGGCAUAUGAAAAAGGUGAUGAGAGCAAUAGAAGAAAGGAUGAAAGAAAUCAGAAAAAUGAACAAACAGAUGACAUUGGUGAGUCAAAAGAAAGAGUGAAAGAGCACAAUGUAAGGCACGGGGAGAAGGCAAAGGAAUCAGAAUCAAGGAAAAGGUCCUCCCAUGUUGAUGUCAAGGAUGAUCGGAAGGGAGCAGAAAAACAUCAUAGAGGUAGUACCAUUGAAAGUACUAGCCGGAAAAAGGAACAUACAAAGGAAAAGGGGGAGCACAAAUCAAGGCCAAAAGAAGCUAGUGACCAUGACAGGCACAAAAGAAGACGUUCAUCGUCAGUAAGCAGUAGAGGUAGAACCAGCAAGGAUCGUGUAGUUAAUCAUGCCGGUGAUUCAAGUGGUGAAGGCUCGGAUGGCUCAAAAAGGAAGCUGCGUUCAAGAAAACGCGACUUGUCACCAUCUCCGGUCAGGUCUAAAAGAAGACAAGUUUCGCGGUCUCCUCAUAGCAAGCGUUCUCAGCGCAGGCAUUCUCCCUAUUCUUCUCUUGAUAAUUCCAGGUUUGUUGCCAUUAAGUUAUUAGUGUUUAAGAUUUAUAUUUUUGAGACAAACUUCCAUCAUCAUAUAAGAAUAAGCUACUCAGGUGAAUUUGUAUGGGUUCCUAUUUACAUUACAGUGGUGCCUUGUUUAUUUACAGUGUUACCGUUUAUAUGCAGGAGAAGGAGGUCAAGAUCUAGAUCACCUGUUCGGCGGCAUAGGGUUCAACAUAAAGAUACAGUUGCUUUCCUGAUCGGCUACUGCUCUGUGGGGAGAACUGGUAUUGAACUUCGCAUCACUUCUUUUCUUUUCUCUUUUAAUAAUCCAUCAACAGUUGACAAAACAAGAAUAGGUAACAAUUUUCUCACUAAAUACAAACAAAAAACCAUGAAGGUAUUAUUUCAUGUGGAGCUUUGGUCAAUUUGGCUAUCUGGGUUUGUCUUAAUACUUCUAUCUCUAUAUGCCACACAAAGAUUACCUUCACUCAAGGAAAAUGCUGUCUUGGACUCACAAAAUCUUAGCAUUACCAUAUUCACAGCUCCUAAGCCUUUUGUUGGCUCUACUGAGAUCAAACAGACACUUGCUGUUCAGUCAUGGUUGGCUCUAUCUCCAUAUGUUACUGUUGUUUUGUACAGCCAACACCCUUCUGUUGCCUCCUUUGCAAGUGGUUUUGAUUCCCGGGUUUUAGUCGAUACCGACAUUGAUUUCACCUUUCUUGGCAGUCCUUUUCUCCAUUCCAUGAUUGCGAAAUCGCGCUGGAUUGAAUCAGAGAUAUUUGUUAUCAUUGAUCCUGAAACAGUUAUCCUUUCCGGAUUCAUCUCCACAUUAAAUCAUGUAUACAAACUCGACCGUGAUUGGCUUCUUGUUGCUUCACCUCAAAAUGUUUCUCACUUGUAUGAGUAUGGGAAACACUGGCAGCCAGAGAAGAAAAUACUACAAAAAAAUUGGCAGUGGAAUCAUUGUUAUAAUAAUGCAAGAAUGAUCAUGGCAUGGAAUAACAAGGAUAUGCCUCUACAUAAUGGAGUUCUUCCUCCUUUCAUCUAUGGUAAGGGUACACACAACAGUUGGAUAAUUCAUGAGGCUAUUUCAUCUGAGUUCAGGUUUGUGCUUGAUGCUAGUUGGACCAUCACAAGUUUCCAUCUGAACAAUGCUACAUUUGAGAAUUCAACUGCUUUAGAUAUUGAAAAGAGAAAUUGGGAGUACAUUGGUAAUUCACAUCUAGGGUCACACUAUGGUUCAUUCUUGUUUACUGAAGCUAGUUACUCAAACCUACCAAAACUUUUGACUUGUGAUAACAAGUACUACAUUAUGGUUGACACCAAGAAAAACACUGUCUAUCCAAUUGGACACCAAGGUGCAGUUAACUUGAUGAAGGAAAAGAUUUUUCCUUCUUGGUUAAAGGAAAAUUCAAAGAAGUGCAUUGUUCAUCAGAAUAAAUCACUGAUUAAAAUAUUAGAUUGUUCUCUCAAGGAUCAGAUGAAAAUUAAAGAAACUUUGGAGCUUCCAUUUUCCUUAGAAUCACUUCUGUCUAUCACUGCAGACAGAAAUAAAACAAUUGUACUUACAGUUGCUGGUUAUAGCUACAAGGAUAUGCUCAUGAGUUGGGUUUGCAGAUUAAGAAAAUUGUCCAUUGGAAAUUUUAUUGUCUCUGCUCUUGAUCAGGAAACUUAUCAAUUCUCCAUCUUGCAGGGAAUUCCAGUUUUUAAAGAUCCAAUAGCUCCAAGUGAUAUUAGUUUUGAUGACUGCCACUUUGGAACAAAGUGUUUCCAGAGGGUAACAAAAGUGAAGUCAAGAAUUGUUUUGAAAAUACUCAAGCUAGGUUACAAUGUACUACUUAGUGAUGUUGAUACAUAUUGGUUUAGAAACCCUAUUCCUUUGUUUCACUUCUUUGGCCCUGCAGUUCUUGUUGCACAGUCUGAUGAAUACCAAGAACAAGAACCAAUAAACCUACCGAGACGCUUAAAUUCUGGCUUCUACUAUGCUCAUUCUGAUAAUCAAACAAUUGCAGCCAUAAAGAGAGUAGUGAAGCAUGCAGAAACUUCAGGCUUAUCUGAACAACCAAGCUUCUAUGACAUAUUAUGUGGUAAUGGAGGAUCCAACCGCGUAGGCGAUAACAAAUGUCUGCAACCUGAAACAAACUUGACAGUACAUUUCUUAGACAGAGACCUUUUUCCAAAUGGUGCUUACCAAAACCUUUGGCAUGAAAAAAAUGUCAAAGCAACAUGUUUAAAGAAAGGAUGUUACAUUAUUCACAACAAUUGGAUUAGUGGGAGGCUUAAGAAAAUUGAGCGCCAAGUUUUGUCAGGUUUAUGGGAGUAUGAUACUAGCACAAGAAUGUGUUUGCAGAGUUAUAAGAAGCAGUGUUUAAAUGCUAUUCACAUUGCUAGCAUUCAUCCUCUUCUGAUAGAAUACGAUGAAACACAUAGAUUUCACAACUUUGAGUUGCAGGCUAUGCUGAAGCGCGUUGUUCACUCGUUAGGCUUCUUAGAGAAUCCAAAUAAAAAAGACUCAAAAAUCAAGAAGAAAGGAAACAAUAAAGCAUACAAGGAACAAUUCAGUUCAAAGUCAAAGGAUUUUGUUGUUAGAAUAGCUCAUGCUGGUGGACAACAAGAUGUUUAUACACAUGCUGUUCCUGUAUACAUGUUGAUGACAAAGUAUCCUGGGAUGUGUGUAGCAAGUCCUGAAGUUUUCAAAUCUCCACACCAAUCUGUGUUAUGGAAGGAAGAUCUUUUAUUACCUGGUCACAAGUACAUCUUAAUCUCUUUCAAAGAUGUUGAGAAGCUCAAAAGAAAGCAUCAAGAGAAGGUUCAAACAAAAGAGACUAAUGGGGUGGUGGAAAAAGUGUUUCUUGAUGCACAAGCAAAGUCUCCUAAAGAGAAUGGUAAAAUGAAAGAGCUAGAGAUGAAUGAAUAUGUGAAUGGAGAAGUUGUAGAGAGUUCUUUUAAGUCUGCAAAAGAGUUUUAUAACCCUAAGGAGAAGCCAACAAGAGCUUCAAGAAGAAGAGGAUUGAAGACCAAAGAAAACUUUUGUGCCACCUCUUCCAAAGGCAAGAUUAUAUAGAAGUUUGGGAUGGCACCCUAGUCUUCCAACUGUGAAGGAACUAUCUCCAUGAUUUUGUUUUGGUUUUUUGCUUUAUACCUUUUUUACCAUAACUACACUAUGUGUACCACUUGGUUAUUGAUUACUCUUCAUGGAUCUAAUAGAGAGAUAGUUUUACUUUA